AUGUCCGCCCGCAGCCGGACGCGUCCACCGCCGCCCAGCCACGUCGCCCGGCCAAUCGGGGAACGCCUCCUCAGCCGCGCCGCCGCCCGCGCUCAAUCGCGGCACGCCACGUCAGCCCCGCCGGCUCUCCUCUCUCCUCCCGCCGCGCCGGCCCGCUCGGCCCGCCCCCGGCCCUCACGGGCCCAUCCGGCCGCCGCCGCCCGAGGUGCCCCGCGGACGCCGCCCCGCGCCUCGCUUGGUCGAGCCCCGCGCCUCCCGCCGCCGGCGACCGGCCCCGCCGCCGUGUGCCGCCCCGCCUCCCUCACCGGAGCAGGAGCUCCCCCGCGGCGGCCCGCCUCCGCGCCGCCCCGCCGGAGCCGCCGCCGUCCCAGCUUGCCGCCGUCCGGCUCCGGCGAGAUCCGGGCCGGGGCCGCCUACCCGCGCCUCCCCGCGCCGCCUCUGCCUCGUCUCCGGCGAGAUCCACCGCCGCAUCGUUUUCCGUGCGAACUCGAGGUUGCACCGAUUUUCCCCAAGUCCCUGAGAAUUUUGCAGUAUGUACCCAUGUUCAUCAUGCCAUAUCUUCUUGUGUGCUGCUCCGUUUCAUGCAUAUAA